AUGGAACCGUCACCCCCCAGCACCCCAACCACCCUGAAACCUGGCCCCACCUCCCCUCCCCCAGCUACCCCUAAAUCUACCCAAGGCACUAGACCCACCUUGAACCUGCCUAUAUCCACCCCAUCCAUCCCGACCUCUCCGCCCAUCAGGCCUGUCUCCCAGGCAGGACGAUCCCAGCUCAAUGCUGCCAGCCGGUCAGCUGAGGAGAGGAGGGGGGCUGGUGCUGCUGGAGAUACCCCGGUCAGCCCCCCUACUACCCCUCUACGACAGGCUUCAGUAGCUCAGCCAGAGGAGCCAGAGGAGGAGCUGAGUGUGGAGGAGCUGGAGGGGAGGGCCAAGUCUGGAGAUGCCAAAUCCCAGAGUAGGAUGGGCCGGUACUACUUGGCCCUGGCUGAGGAGAGAGAUGAGGAGGUGAACAACUGUACAGCAGUGAGCUGGCUGGUGCAGGCCACCAAACAGGGCCGCAAGGACGCAGUCAAGAUGCUACAGCGCUGCCUAGCAACCAGGAAAGGCAUCACGUCAGAGAACUUUGAGGAGGUGAAGAAGCUGUGUACGGAGACAAGAUUUGAGAGAGGAGUGAGGAAGGCUGCUCUGGUCAUGUACUGGAAGCUCAACCCAGAGAAGAAGAGAAGGGUGGCAGUGUCUGAGAUGCUGGAGAACGUGGAACACGUCAACACUGAGCCAGAUGACGCUGCCUCCCAGGGCCCCAUAUCCAGCUCUAUGCAGAAACAGAGGAGAGUUCUGGAGAGCCUCGUCACCAGCAAAGCUAGUUGCUAUGACGUGGGUCUGGAUGACUUUGUAGAGACCACUAAGAAGUACGCUCAGGGCAUCCCCCCCUCUCCCACCAUGGCUGGGGACGGCGGUGACGAUGACGAUGAUGAAGCUGUGAAGAACCCAGACGCCUUGCCCCUUCACAAGAAGGUGUUGAAGUUCCCCCUACACGCCCUGUUGGAGAUCAAGGAGCACCUGAUUAACUGGGCGUCCCGGGCGGGCAUGCAGUGGCUCAGUGCCCUCAUCCCCACGCACCACGUCAACGCUCUCAUCUUCUUCUUCAUCAUCAGCAACCUCACCAUCGACUUCUUCAUCUUUCUCAUCCCCCUGCUCAUCUUCUACCUGUCCUUGUUCUCCAUGGUCAUCUGCACACUGCGCAUCUUCCAGAACUCCAAGGCGUGGGAGAACUUCCGGGCCCUUACAGACCUGCUGUUACGUUUCGAGCCCGGCCUGGACCUAGAGCAAGCUGAGAGUAACUUCGGCUGGACCCACCUGGAGCCCUACCUCUACUUCCUGCUGUCGGUGGUCUUCGUGGUCUUCUCCUUCCCCGUGGCUGACAAGACCUGGAUCCCCUGCUCCGAGCUGGCCACCGUGGCCCUGUUCUUCACCGUCACCUCCUUCCUCAGCCUCCAAGCCUCCGCUGAGCUCUUCGCCCGCCGCGCCCUGCUCACAGAGGUCUUAUCGGGGGUCUGUGCCCUUACACAACUAUUACCCGAUAGUGUCUGGUUCCUGCGGGUGUUAGGAACAACGUUUGUGACGGUGCCGCUAGGGGAGAUGGUGGCGCUGAACGUGGGCGUGCCGUGUCUUCUCUACGGGCACCUGAUCUACCUGCUGUUCCGCAUGGCCCAGCGGAGGGGCUUCAGGGGCACCUACCUCUGCCUCGUACCCUACAUGGUCUGCUUCGUCUGGUGUGAGCUCUGCCUGGCCCUGCUCCACUCCUCCUCCACCAUCGGUCUGAUUCGGACCUGUGCGGGCUACCUCCUCUUUCUGUUCGCAAUGCCUGUCCUCACCUUGGGCUUGGCGGCCAUGUUGCUCUUCAAGGUCCUCCAGUGGUUCAUGGCUCUGGAGAUCACCAAGAUGCUGGUGACUCUGACUGUGUGCGCGGUCCCGGUGGUGUUGCGGUUGUGGACGCGGGUCAGCCUGAACCCGCUGGCGGUGGUGCGGUUCCUAUCACGGAGCAGCGUGGUAAAGCUCAUCCUGGUGUGGCUAAGUGCUUUGUUGAUGUUCUGCUGGAUGUAUGUCUACCGCUCAGAAGGCAUGAAGGUGUAUAACUCCACCCUCACGUGGCCGGAGUACAGUAACCUGUGUGGGCCCAAGGCCUGGAAGGAAUACAACAUGGCCCAAACUCAGAUCCUGUGUUCUCACCUGGAGGGCCACCGGGUCACCUGGACGGGACGCUUCAAAUACGCCCGCAUUACCGACAUCGACAACGGAGCCCAGUCCGUCAUCGGCCUACUUCCUGUGUUCGUAGGGAACUGGAUGAGAUGUCUCUAUGGUGAGACCUAUCCCCUCUGUGAAAACACCACCGACCCCACUGCCCCUCACCAGGCCCUUCCCGCACCUCUUCCAGAAGACCCCUUAUGCAAACUGAAAAAGCUGGCCAAGCACGAGUGCCACGUGAAGCACUUCGACCGCCACAAGUUCGAGGUGACCUUGGGCAUGCCCCUGGAGAGGAAGAGUAAGAACGGGACCAUCAUAGAGGACGAGGACGCCACCAAGGACAUCGUCCUGAGGGCCAGUAGUGAGUUUGGCCCAGUGCUGCUGCACCUGAGCGCUGGCAGCUUGGUAGAGUUCAGUACGGUUCUAGAAGGACGCUUGGGCUCCAAGUGGCCUGUGUUUGAGCUGAAGGCCAUCCACUGUCUGACGUGUGCGGACGCCCGCGUGCCCAGCGGCAGGCAGUAUAAGAUAGAACACGACUGGAGGCGCACGGCCCAGGGGGCACUGCAGUUUGCCUUUGACUUCUUCUUCAACCCCUUCCUCACCGCACGGCUGGAGCAGGACACUGAGACACAGACCACACAGGGCAGAGGAGGAGUGGACCAAGGCUAGUAGUGGAUAAAUGCAGAGGACUGUACACUAUGUGGAGUGUAUAAGUGUACACUAUGUGCAGUGUGUAAGUGUACACUAAGAGAACUGAUUCCAGUAUGGAUUGUAAGUAAUGCAUCAUGUCGACCACUAUCAGGAGUGUGAGUGUACACUAUGUGGAUUGUACACUGGGAAUGUACACACAAUCACAUAAAGGUUUGUCAGUAAGACAUGCAUUAUGUCUCCCUAUAGAAGUCUGUGGUUCUCCAGGGUGUUUUCCACUAUGCUGGAGUCCCAGUACCGCGGUUCAACUGCUUCUAGUGGGGGGGUGUCUGCUCUAUGAGCCCCUACUGUAGACUAGUAAAACCAGCUUAGAAUCAUAGUUGAAUCAUAGUGUUCGUAGUGUGUGAGUGUUUUCAUAGCUGCUGAGUCAUAGUGGGAGAGGAUAAUAUCACAGAACAUAACGAAACCACUGAAUUACAAAGGAUGGAGACAAUUUACACUAACUUUACACUUUCAUACACCACAAACACAAUCACUUCCACACAAAUACACACACCACCUCAACCUCCUCAUUCAUAGCCAGUGUUUUCGGUCUGUCAACGUUUGAGAAAGUGUGUGGGACAAUGCCGAUCAACAUUGUGGUCAAUAAGCUUAUUGACUUGCUCUUGACAUGCAGUCCCAAUGUCUAAUUCUGCCAUUCAACCACAUAGUCCUGCCGUUUGCAUCCAUGACACUAAGGGCUAGAUUCUAUCAUAUUCGCCUAGCCGACACCCGCAUAACUGUGUUAGAGCUGUCAAAUCCACAAGCGGCUCCUGGUAUUAUACCUAGCAGACAUUGCCAUUGGCUGCAUGGAGUCGCAUUAAGAGAAAUCCCAUGCAGCUUUGUUUUACAAGUUUGAACACUGGAAUAUGAGAUGUAAUCCACACCUCAAUUAGGCUGAUAGAAAUCCUCAUUAUUUAGUUGAAUGAUUUUUCAAUUUGAGCGUAAUUAUUUCUAUAUAGCCUUCACUUUCUCAUUCUGAACUUCUAGCGUGAGUGGGACGGGUGUGGCUUCGUGACAAUGAUCAAGAGCAGCCGCUCACUGAUUUGACAGCUCCAACGCAGUUCCACCUCCGACACCGCCAAAACAUCCGCUGGUUAACGAUCUGAUUGAAUCUAAGCCUUACUGGAAAUGUUUUUGUCUGUUUGACUUAUCAAGUCUGUUUACAUAUGAAGUAAAAGUAGGACUUUUUAACUACAUUUAAAAUACUUAAUAGUGUUUGUGUUUUACGUAUGAAUUGUGUUUUCAAAAUGAACUGCCUUUUUUUUAACAGUUUGAGGCCUUAAUUCAGUUUCAUUUUAGGUACUUGUAAAGUAUUGUACAGUUCUUGAAUAUUUUUUUGUUUUCUUAAAUAGUUUUUCAUUAUAAGAUCAUGAUGGAGAAACAAAUGGACGUAAACUGUUCCAGUUGUCUCCUUAAAUAUUGAGCUUUAAUCAUUGUCAUGUUGAGACCCUUCUUGUGAAUAUUAAGUGCCCUGUCUAUUCAAAUCACAUUGGUAAAUAGUUCUGAUGCCACAUUAACCUAGCAGCGUAUAGGCUACUGAAAUCCUGUCAGCGUUUCUCUUUACAGAGAAUGACAUAUUCAACCUCCGAUAGUUGACCUGUAUCAAAGUGCACUUGUGUCCAAAUAGAUGUUUGCUGGUGUGCCUUGUUGUCCCUCUCCCUCCCUGCUAUGUGGGGUUCUGUUCUGAUCCCACAGUUCCAGUCUGCAGCAGGCCUCUAAUGAUGAGGUCACUGUCACAGGAUGUGAUGUCAAUAUUGUAACCCUCUACUCUAC